CACUUCGACACAAGCGGUGAGCCAGUAAGCAGCAGGUAAACAAACCUAUCUGAGACUGGGACGGCAAGCCUAACAAAGCGUAUGCGCUGUUUGACCGUCUUGCAUUUUUAAUGGCGAGGAGGAUGACAGUCGAAAAAGAGAGACGUCUGCUGUUAACAAUUCGUUAAAAAAAAUAUCGCUUCAUUGUAAUUCAACUGAGAGGCGAGUCGACGGCUAGAAGAAGGACGAGUUUAUCCUGCAACGACUGUCGAGAUCUGCGCAUGAUGCAUUGCAGCACUUUUGAGAAAAUGGGUGUUUUUAGCCUCAUUCUCAGAAUAGAGUGUAUGAUCCGAGAUGUCGGUUGGGUUCUUUAGCUAUCGUGUUAUUUUAUUGUGCUGGACUCAAAACAACAUUCCCUCUGGCGACCUGCAACAUGGGGCCCAUCAUGCAGGAGCGCACAGCAUCCACGGCACUGAAACGAGUCGUGUCCAAAGAGAAGAUUCGGGUAAAAUAUACUGAAAACAGCGCACCAGUAACAAGUUCAAAGAAAGGUAACAAGAUGAAGAAAGCAGUGGGCCAGAUGAAAAAUGGCCUCCCAGGGCCAGGUCAGGAUAAGGACACAGUGGCUACAGGGCAGAAGGGUGCACAGUCAAAAGGUGGCAGGGUCAAAUCGGGCACUACACGCAAUACAAGCAAACUCUUGAGCCCUGAAGAUGAAGAUUUGAGACCUCAACUUCGGAAACAUUUGUCUGUGCACAGGAAAGAGGAGCAACGCGAAAAUCAACAGAUGUCACAGUGCAGCAAUGAGCUAUUACAGAAUCGUGGGGGGAUGGGGAAAAAUCGGAGAGCCCUCUCGCUGCCUCUCUCCCCAAUAUCAGGGCUACGACACAUGCCAGCACACCCCCUAACACACUCCCCAGGCCUAAUCCCAGAGGCACUACAGCGGCACUACAACCAGAAGGAUGUAGACACUGACAGUGCCAGUGAUCUGUCAGACUCUGAGAGGCUGCCUGUACUGCCCUCUCCCUGUACCCCCUGCACCCCUCCUCAUCUCAACCUCCGGGCCGAGGUCAUUAACACCAAUGACUUUCCACCGGACUUCCCAGGACCUCAUGGGGCUGUGGGUGAUGAAGAUGAGAGUGAUAAACCCAUAUACAGUUACCCAGACUUUCUGCCUCCUCCUUUCAACAGUUGGAGCCUGAGACAGCUGGCAGUGUUUCUUCAUACGGAGGGCCGUGGCGCUCCCCGCCCCAAGCCUGUAGGGCCCUUAGAGAAGUACCUGGAAAGGCUGCUGCAGCUUGAGUGGCUCCAGAUCCAAACAGGGCAAGCAGAGAGCUGCCGUCCGCCUGGGAGCCGACCGAGGCCCCAGGGCUUCCCCUCUGCCACCACUGCUCACCCACCCAGGCCUCACACGGCUCCACCGUCCCGACUCAACUCCCCUAAAGGGCUGCGGCACAACCAGCGAGCCUUCCCACUUACACCCGUCAACAACCCCCCAUCACCUGCCUCAGCCCAGCAACAGCACUCCCGCUUUCCAGUUUGCCCUCACUGUCACAUUCGCUUCCCAUUGUGCAAUGGAAGCUGCUCUGCCUAUGCCUACCAGCGCCACUCAAGGCUCAGCCCACUGCUGGAGCGCAGAGCCAGGCCUGGAGCACCAGCGAAGAGGAGCAGCAGUGAGACCCGAGCAACAUCAACGGAAGGUAGGAGCCCAGGAGGACAAGGUGGAGGACAAGUUGGAGGAAACGGUGGAGGAGGAGCCCACACCCCAGUUAGCCCCUCAGCUGGAAGGAGUCAUCUCAGGCACAUGCAGGCGGCAGGCAAUGCCCGUAAGCAACCCCAGGAAUCUGGAACUAACCCAAACAGCAGAGGUCAGGUGAGGAAAAGCCGCGUCAGAGCUAACUCUGAGACCGAUGUUAAAAAGGAGCCUUGUGGUAGCAAAGCAGCUGGUGCAGAAAAACAGGUUUGUGCUGCAAGUAAGAGAGAGGUCAUCACGUCAAAGAGAGUAGAGAAGGACUGGCAGAGGACAGAGGCGGUAGGUCAGGCCUCUAAAACUGCCAUGAAAAGAGCUGCUAAAGAUCCGCAAUCGCUCUCCAAAGCUCCGCUUAGUAGUAAGCAGAAUGGCAAAACAAAAAAUGUGCACUUUGUUGCAAAGUAACCCCUAUAAACCUACAGUAUAGUGCUUUUACGUAUUGUUACUUGGUACAGGAGCUUGAACUUAUGCUUGCUUUCUGUGUAAUACUAACAUGUUGUAACUGUUGUACAGCAGUCUAAAUCAGUCAGUGGUGUACGGCCUUUUAAAGGUCAAAACUAACGAGGUUGAGCUGCUAGAAAAGAGAUAAAACAGCAAUGAUUUCAAAGCAUAAUACGACACUUAAGUAAAAAAAAAUUGUACAAACUCUUUCAUUCAAAAUGUACAGUAAGUAUACAGUCAUAAUGUUAUACUGUGUUUUGACAGAAGGCUCAUUAUGACCUGAAGCACUACUAGGAUUCUAAAAACACAGCUCUGCUCCUCAUCAUCUCUCAGUAUACUACUAAUGUUCAAUAGGUAUAAAGUAAGCAUCUACUCUAUCAUUGGACAGCUUUCAGCAUAAGUAUUCCAUAGUGAAGUUUACCACAGAUCAUUACAUUUAAGUCAUAGUGGAGUUUGUCAUGUUGGAAUGUAUUUGUUUUCAAUGCUCUUACUUUACUUGAUGUUGCAUUUUAUCUUUUCUUUGGUGCCUCAUGUUUUAAAACAUAUGUUCAGUUAAAGCAUCUUUUGGCUGAGACAAAGGAGGCGCAGUGAGAGGUGGUGUACUGCAGUGAUGCGAUUUGUUUCAGACACAUUUGUGCGAUGGUUUUACAUUUUUGGUUACAAGGGCUUUUCAUGUUCAACAGCUUGAAUUGUAGUUUACGAUAAUAUAAUGUAUUUUGCAAAGAGCUGAGCUCUUUCUAACAUUGAAGACAGUGUAACAUUUGCUACGAAUGUAAAUGCAUAUUUUUCCAAAUUUUAUAUACCAUAGUUAUAUUUAUGAAAAGUGUUGUGGCUUACUUGUAUUUAUCAUUGUUAUUAUUAUGUUUACAUUGUCAUGCACAAAAAGAAAAAAGAUUUAGUCAAAGAGCUGAAUGUAACUUAAUGUCUACUGUACCAUUGGUCAUCCCUGCGAUUCAAUGGAAUUUCAACACAUCAUAGCUGUUAUGCUGUAACAUGGUAAUGUUAUACAUAUCGCACUGCAUACUUGAAGUCUGUAGAACACUGUGUUUACAUUAGAUUGUCUUAUCUGUUGUGAUUUACCAUGUGCACUUGAUUCAUGGGAACACUACAUCAAUGUAAAAGGUAUUCAGAUUGCACCUCUUUACUUAAUAUUCAUGUAAAGUAUCAAAGCCAUAGAUAUGGGGUCAGGAGGGGCGAGGUUAUUAAAAAUGUGUACAUUAUGCUGACGCACGCAGAAAGAUUGUGGUAUGUAUUUUCUCAAUGUUGAAUGCAAUUAUUUGUAAGGCAUAGAAAUAAAUGUUUUGCACUCUA